CGUAUCAAACGCGUCAUAGUAAUAAAUACAGCUUGCGUGUGUGUUUACAUUUAUACAGCGAGUUGUAAUAAUUUAUUUCUAAGAAGUUUUUUUUCUCACGGAGCGAAAAUAAAUAUAUUUCGAGUAACCUUUUUUUUUUAAAACUAUUUAUUUCGUCAUCGACAAAGCGUCGACGCUCAGACUCACAACGGCGGUGGUUUGUUUUUGAGGAGAGUGAGGUUAUUAAUAUUAUUUACCGUGUAAAUUAAAUUACCCGGUAUUAUUACGUGACUUUAUUUUCCAGAUAUCAUCUAUGUCAUUUAAAAGGGAAGGUAAUGACGCGAGUCAACUUAACGUCCUCAAGAAACGUAGAGUGGCCGAACUCCUUUCUCAUUUCAUCCCAGAAGAUGAGGCCGCUUUGCUUAAGAACGGAGGGUACACCUGCUUGGUUUGUUCCUACCGUCCUGUCUUUGACACAGUGGACAUGCUGACCGUCCACAGGGCUGGCAAGAGACACCUGGAGGUUCCUCUCUCAAUGCUCGUAGGUUUGAAAUGGUUUUAUGGCAAGAAACGGGGCUUUGAAAACGAAGUUGCUAAACGGAGACAUCAAGACUACGUUAAAGCAGAAGAGGAAGGCAGGCAGGAGGAUCCUGGUCCUGCUCCCUUAUUGGUUCGGACGCGUAGGAUUACCCAUCAUGCUCUGCUGAAAUCCGCCCCCUACAACAGCUGCCACCAGAAGAAGUCCAGGUUUUCAGGCGAUCGUCCCACAGAUGACUGCGGACCGACUGCUAGGAACCACAAACCACAGCCCGUGGCAGAGGGGACCGCCGGCGUGGACGCCGCGUCGGUGACAUCACUUCCUGGACACAGCGUCAGCCAAUCGGAUCAGAACAGCAGGAAGGGCAAGGGGAAAAAGAAGUUCCGUCCCACUGGUCCUGCAGAACCGGAUCCCGGGGCAGUGGAGCGGCGCAGAGAGCUGGAGCACUACCUCAAGCUGAAGAGCUCCGGCUGGAUCCAGGACCGGGGUGGGGAGUGGGUGAAGGACGAGAACGUGGAAUUCGACUCUGAUGAGGAGACCCCCCUCCCUGCUUCCUGAACCCCCUCCAAUCGGGUUUCCAUCCCUCCUGACGUCUUCUCCGUAGAAGUUUUGAAAUUGUAUUUAUUUUAUUUUUUUUCAGCGGUGAUUCAGUUAUUUUAACAAUCGAAACGUCAGAACUGAAUACCGCCUGCCUGUUUAACUCUGCUCUCUUGCUGGUGUUUUUGUACCCUGUGGAAGAUGUGCUUUUAUAACACUAGAUCCACUGGGAUAGGGUUUGAAAACUGCUGCGCUGUUAAGAUGUUCAUUAAAGCAAUCUCAUCUCCUAGAUAACUGCAUCUUUCCCUUGUGAUGUUUCCUGCCUAAAUCGCAUCGUUGGUGGGUUUUUCAAAGGGGCUGUGCCGGACGCAGUGAUCAAAAGCGUGGGGGGCGGGUAGCCGAAACUGGCCCAUCCACUCCUGGUCUAUUGUUUCAAACCGUUCUGAGUCUUUUCAACUGAUUAAAACCUCAAAACCUCCACCCAGACCCUGCAGUCGUUUGUGAUCUCUCGGUUUGACCCGUUUAAACCUCCUGGAAUGAAACGGCCGUCCAGGGCUGCGAUUGAUUGACCGGACGCCCCUGGUCCUUGAGGCAGGCAGCUGUUGACGAGUCUUGGAGCUCUCUCUGCUCCUCCUGUCUCCUCAGAGAGUAUUUUGAGAGACUUGUAACGCGAUCCUGGCUGGAUCCAUUUCGCCAGCUGACCCCCACACCCCCCCUUAGUAUUAAUAAACGCAGAGCGAAGAGGACAGCUUUAGCCCUGGAAGCAGGUGGACGGAAUAGAUCACAGCAGAAAAAAACUUCUUCAGAGAAAUCUAGCCUUCAAACGAAACGUCUGCCCGCGAACGGCCGAAAACUUUCAAUAAACGCCCGGGGAUUUAAAAAGCUUCACUGUACGGCCCGCGUUAGAUUGCUGUAGCUUUUUUGAUCUUUUUUACAAAAGUCGGUCGGUUUUAUUUCGUGUAUUGUUUUCUGGGGACUCAAUGAAUAACUCUAAAUGCAUUUAAAAAAAAAAAAAAUCUCACAAACAUUAAGGAGACAACGAACAAGAAAAAUAAUUCACAUUUUUAUUAUUUACAGUAUUUUUUAUUUUUGGAUGUGUUGUAGCGCUGGCGGGCGCGAUUGUAAGGAGUCUUUGAAUAACAUUGAAUCUGAGCCUUGAUGGGCAACAGCUGUACCUACAAUUUUAGAAUGGAGACAUAAAAACUAUGAACAUAAUUUAAAUCUUUUUAUUUAACAUCCUGUAAUCAAAGAAACUACUAAACGAUAAAAUUGCACAAAGUCUCCCGGAAGGAAGCCAUAACGGCAGAACAGGAUUUCAUGUCAGAUUUCGAAAUGCCAUGUCAGUUUUUCGUUAACUGUACGGGGAAAACUGCAGAACAGGAUGCAAUUCAAUAUGUUAACGUAACAUUAUUCAGCAUCUUCCAUUCGACUUUAGGAAGCAAAAUUAGCUCAUGCUAUAGGGGGAGGAUGCAAACACUUUUUGGGCUGUAUUUGCCAGAGUUUCACCCAGGAUCCAAACUCUUAUCGUGAUCGAUAAGCAGUUAAAUUAUUUUUUAUUUUUUUUUCCCCAUAACCGUUUGUGAUGUUUGCAAUCAUUCAAGUCUGUAGCCAGCAGCCGCGUUCUAAUUUCCGAUUCUCGUUUCCGCGUUCUGAUUUCCGAUUCUCGUUUCCGCGUUCUGAUUUCCGAUUCUCGUUUCCGUGUUCUGAUUUCCGAUUCUCGUUUCCGCGUUCUGAUUUCCGAUUCUCGUUUCCAGGUGUGCAGCUCACAAAGCGCUGAAGAACGCCAGCCGCGAGAGAAGCGCACGCCAGACCAACACAAGCAACCUGACAUCACCGUGAUCUAAACUCACUCGCUCCUCACACUGUCUGCAAAACCAAACGUUCUGCAUCACCCAGAACUGUAGGACUGAGACGUCAUUUAAAAAAGAAAAGAAAAACAAUUUAGAUCUUUUUAUUUAGCAUCGUGUAAUCAAAAGAAAACUACAAAAUGAUGUCGCUAAAAAAUAGUACAGUAGUAUUUCAUUUUGGAUUUUGAGAUGUACAUUAGAUGCAGCUUAUUAGCAACCCUGAUAAAGACAGCUUUAUUAGCAUUUCCCCAGGAAGCAAUCCCGUCCCACAGACUUUAACGUUAAUGGGAUUCUGAUAUUAGCCAGUGCACUCUGCUUAUCACUCUGCUGCAGAACGCACGCGUGUGAUUCAUGCAGCUUUUAAAACACACUGACUUCGCAAACGCGUAUUUCUGGAGGACCGAGGCAGAAUCGCGGCUUUGAAACUGGCCGCAAAAUUGAGAUGGAUUUACAGCAGGAGGUGGUACGUCAGAAAAAAAAAAAGACAGACAACUUUGAACAGUUUCUUAUUUUAAAAGUGUGUUCUUUAGAAUUGAUUUGAAAGUACAACACAUAUUUUUGCAUGCGUUUGCUUCAGUCGUUGUAAGGAUAGUUGUAGUACAUCGUUGUGUAGUUUGAUUUAAGCUUACUUCCGGUUUUGUUUUAGUACACAGUUCUAUGUUUGGGUGUUCAUGUUAAUUUAACUCUGUAACAUUUCAAACAUGUAUUUCAGUGUCAUAUUUGUACAACUACAGUAUAUAUCAUUGUUCUAUAUAAAUACACUUGAAAACGA